AUGCUUCGAGCGGUGCUGCAGAAGCUGCGCCUUGCUACUGAACUGCGCCAACAUAAGGAUCACUGCCAAUGGAUGGGGAUUUCCUGCGAUGAUGGGUGUGUGGAAAGCAUCAGCUUGGUGCGCUGUAAUUUGACGGGAGAGCUGCCCGUGGAGCUGGGCAACUUGAAAAGACUCAGGUGUCUGUACCUGUCCGAGAACCCCAGCUUGUCUGGCAGCCUCAGGGCUUUGAGGCCCCUAGCUCAACUCGAGGAGCUGGAUCUGUACAGGACUCACAUUUCUGGGGGGCUAAAUGAGCUGCGUGAUCUGAAGAACAUCACUGACCUGACCCUGACCAAAACACAGAUUGACGGAAAGCUAGAGGCCCUCACCACUAUGAAGCACAUCAGGCGGCUGGAGCUGGCCGAUACAAAGAUCCAGGGCAGGCUGGAAGAUAUAAAAGGCCUCGACCAGUUGAACACCGUGAAGCUCUCGUCGACAGGAGUCACUGGCCAACUCGAGGCUUUACAUGGCUUGAAGGAGAUGCUUGAGCUGGAUCUGUCUAAAACACGAAUCACUGGGCGUCUGCAAGAUCUUUUGCAUUUCCCAAAGUUGGAAGAGGCCUGGCUGAGUGGCACAGCUGUCAGUGGUCGCUUGACCCCCGAGUGGCUCGGAAGACUGGGUGUACUGCGCAUCCUGGACCUUGAGACUCAAGCCUCUUUCGUGCCCACAGAGGUCCACUCGGCCAAAAUCUUGGAUGCAACUUAUGGUGAUCAGCCGAUGCUGCCAGCCCUUACGGUCUCACGGUGCCCCUUGAACAGUCCAGUUCUCGAGCUCCUGCAGCCGCUGAUUAACUCGCGAAGCAUCGCGAAGCUGUCUGCGGCAGGAUCAAACCUUACCGGCAGGCUGCCCGAUUAUCUGACCGACCAGUACUUCGCGGAGUCCCUGCAGACUUUGGACCUGUCGUUGAACCACAUUGAGCUUGUGGAGGGUAUGUUUACCAGUAGCCUGCUGGCUCUUGCGGAGAACCCCAACGUCAGUUUUGCGCCCGGGGUUUUGCAAAAAGCCAUACGCACAGGAGUCAGGGUGGACCUCAGAGGAGUUGAUCUUACUGAGAAGGAAGCAGGCGAUGCGCUGGAGCUGCUACCAGUGCCGUCGGAGACUGCGCUCGGAGGGCGGGAGAUUACAGUCGAGCGAGGGUUCGCCUGCUACAGCUUGGAAGCUACAGUGCUACAGGUCACUCCAGAGCGGUUCUUGCCCGAUCAUUUCUGCCACUGCAAACCAAUGCAUGCUCGCCUGAACAUGUCAUUCUUCAAGUGCCGAUCUCAGAUGGCUUAG